AUCUAUAAGAAGAAAGUACAGUAAAUGAAAACAAAAGAAAAACAAUUCCCUAACGGAGAAAAGGGCAGACUCGGAACCAGAACAGCCCAUAAAAUGAAAAUGAAAUGAAAAUUUAAAACCCUAAAGGUCUAAACCCUCCCUCCGUCCCUUCUCAAAGUCAUGUCUAAACCCUCCUUCCUCUCUCAAGCUCUCCCUCUCUAGCUGUAACUGCAAAUUCUGUGCUUCGCUUUCUGUUUUUCAAUAAUAAUAAUAAUUAGCAGCAGUACAUAGCAGUGGAUGGGUAAAUAAAAGAAAACAAAUAAAUGAUGAUCCACAUAAUCAGACGAGGAUCCGCUCGAUCCACCAUUUCUACGGUGUUUGAUGAGGUGGCCAAUGCCAUACAUGGGGCGAAUAUGCAGUGGCGUGCAAGGUCAUAUGCCGCGUCGGUUCCUUCUCACAUGCCACAAAGUCACAAAGCUCAGAAGAGAGUUUCCAAAGAUGACCGGCGAGCUAUGGUGGAAUCUUAUGUAAACAAGUAUAGGGAAACACAUGCUGGAAAAUUUCCAUCCAUUUCUGAUGCUCGAAAACAAGUUGGUGGCAAUUACUAUUUUAUUAGGAAAAUUGUUCAAGAACUAGAAUACAAAUCUAAGAUUUCAUCCUCAAACAGUGGAAACAAGAAAAAGGAGCUACCUAUCGUGAGUGAGCCCUUGGUUAAAGUUAAAAACAUGUCAACUGGAGGUGCAAUGUCAGAUAUGAGAACUCAAUGUGACCCACGUGCAGUUCCUCUAAAUGAUGUAGGUGACACAAGUUACAGAUAUCUAGAAGUGGAGGGAGGGCUGCAAACUUGUGAGAAGGUGGUCUCUCAAGAGUUUGGAAACCCCAUUUCUCUUGAGCAUUCUGAUACAGUUGGAACUCAAGCAGCUGCGAGUCAUAUAAGAAAACAUGAAACCAAGAAUGUCUCUCAUCCUGGCCUUGUAGAAGCAGAAAAUGAUCAAGAGAAGCUUUCUGCAUUCAAAAGAGUGAUGGAUGCUGAUCAUUCAAAACAUAAUGAGGGGUCUCCUUAUCUGUACAAACAUGAAAAAGACAUCUCUAGUACCCACACCGAUGGUGCGGAACUUCCGAAGAAAUCAACUGUGUGGGGAAGCUUGAAGUCAUUUGCAGAUGGCCUUGUCAGCAUGUGGAGAAAAAUGUAAAUUCAUUUGGUAGGUAGUUGUUGGAAGUCGGUACUCGGGAGAUUUUUAAUGAUGUGGUAGAUGGAGAGUAUUUAAGGUUGAAAUGUCUUGUCUCGUAAGCUGGUGGCCGUUGCUAGUUGUUUUCAAUUUACUGAGCUCGGAGUCGGCCCUAGGCCAGGGCUUUGAAAAUCGUGCGAAGAAAUCAAUUCCUUUUUGUAUUGAAUAUAUACUGGUUUUGAUCUUCA